UCUGUCUCUCUCUCUCUCUCUCUCUCUCUCUUCCACAGGCCAUGUGCAGACCAGGGUUCAUACCACUUGGGUACCACCAUCAGCUCCGGCGGUGGCAAGCCUGUUGGGCUCGUUUGCUUGUUCCAUUGACUAUAUGGAUAUGUGUUGCAGUGACCCUAAGGUACGGUUUUUAUGGGGAUUGUCAUAUGAUGCUUGGACCGAGCUCGUCGCGAUUGUUCAAAGCAAAUACUAUGUUGGUAAAGCAAGUUGAAGUGAGAGAUGAUGCUCGGAAAGGAGUUUUUCUUUAUGGGUUUUCAGAGAAGCCUCAAUUGAGCUCGGUGACAAACUGGAGUGUGUCUAAUUAUAUGAUUGUCGGGUCAUACAGUCGCAAGGGAUUCUACUUGUGGAUGAACAAGGGUUCAAGAAUUUGGAUGAGAUGGGAAGCUCGGACCACUUGUUUGGGUAAACUUCAAGUGUCUCUAGUGAAAGGGGAGCGGGACUUCGAAACAUUGCUGCCAAGUUCAAUGAGUUUUUCCAACGCUUAUUCACUCAAAGAACCAACAGGAGGACUCAAAUCUACUUGCUCAGGUAAAGAAGCUCUAUACAGUAUUGAGGAAGAUGACAGGUACUAUGUUGGCAUCAUAAACUCAAACCCUAGAAGCAUUAUAAUGACUAUGGAUGUAAACGUUUCAUCGAAGAUGUACGAUACCACGAGAGCAAAGAGCAUGUGUUCAACAACGAAGGGUUCAUGUCGGCUCAAUCUUCUCUUCCCAAAAACAGAAUAUGUUAUCAUAUCUACACCGAACAAUGGAGAUCUUGGUAGAUGGUAUAUUGAGAUUUCAUUUGCGGCAAGAAUUCUCACCUACAUUACAAUUUUAGGAUUUUUUGUGAUUAUAAUUUAUCUCAUGUUGAAAUACCUUGGAGCAUGUGAUAGUGAGAGGCAAGUCGAAGAAUUUCCGGCCAUCCGAGAAAUAACCGAGACCUAUCCUUUGAUGCCGGAGAAGACAUACGGAUUGCCAUAUGGAACAGGGGAGGAAGAAGGGGAGUCUGUCACUUCUAGCUCAUCGGAGGAUUUAUAUGAUGGGAAGAUUUGUGUUAUUUGCUAUGAUAUGCUGCGCAACUGCUUCUUUGUUCCUUGUGGCCACUGUGCCACAUGCUGUGAUUGUGCUCAGAGGAUUAUGGAUGGGGAGAACAAAAUGUGUCCAAUUUGUCGACGGCUAAUCCACAAAGUAAGGAAAUUGAUAAUUCCUUAGAACAACUCGUGAUAUGUGGGUAUAGUGUUUUGUUAGAGAGGUUUUAUACAUGCACGUAGAAUAUAUGCAUUUCUUUUCCUCUGUUUGGUUUGCAUGGCUCAAGUACUUGAUAUUUAUUCAAAUUCGAUUCGAUAAAUAUUAUUUUUGAAGUGG